AUGGCGCGGAGACCCGGGUCGCCGGGCGCCUACGGGGAGGAGUUCUCCUUUGUCAGCCCGCUGGUCAAAUACCUGCUCUUCUUCUUCAACAUGCUCUUCUGGGUGAUUUCCAUGGUGCUGGUGGCUGUGGGAGUGUAUGCGAGGCUAAUGAAGCACGCAGAAGCAGCCUUGGCCUGCCUGGCGGUGGAUCCUGCCAUCCUGCUCAUCGUGGUGGGUGUCCUCAUGUUCCUGCUCACCUUCUGUGGCUAUAUCGGAUCCCUCCGUGAGAACAUCUGCCUCCUGCAGACGUUCUCCCUCUGCCUCACUGCCGUGUUCCUGCUACAGCUGGCUGCUGGGAUCCUGGGCUUCGUUUUCUCAGACAAGGCUCGUGGGAAAGUGAGUGAGAUCAUUAACAAUGCCAUUGUGCACUACCGGGACGAUCUGGAUCUGCAGAACCUCAUCGAUUUUGGUCAGAAGCAGUUCAGCUGCUGUGGAGGGAUUUCCUACAAGGACUGGUCCCAGAACAUGUACUUCAACUGCUCGGAAGAUAACCCUAGCCGUGAGCGCUGCUCUGUGCCUUACUCCUGUUGCUUGCCUAUCCCUGACCAGGCAGUGAUCAACACUAUGUGUGGCCAAGGAAUGCAGGCCUUGGACUACUUGGAAGCUAGCAAAGUCAUCUACACCAAUGGCUGUAUUGACAAAUUGGUCAACUGGAUACACAGCAACCUAUUCUUACUUGGCGGUGUGGCACUAGGCUUGGCCAUCCCCCAGCUGGUGGGAAUCCUGCUAUCCCAGAUCCUUGUGAAUCAGAUCAAAGAUCAGAUCAAGCUACAGCUCUACAACCAGCAGCACCGGGCUGACCCAUGGUACUGAGAAUCCAUCCGGCACUUCCUCAUCAUGGCAACAGGCAAGUCUCAUGGACCAAGAACUGUGAGUGCUAAAAAUGGCACCAAAUGGAGAUUUGGAUUCCAGCCCCCAGUGACAGCCCUGUGAGAAGAAGCAAACUCCAGAGGGGCAGAAGGCAGGGUGCAUAGGUGGCUCAAGUCUCAGAAGAUGUGCCUCCUCUCCCCCAUCCUAGCCCUCAGCAUCUUUAGAGUGUUAUAAUGUUAAGCAUUUGGGUUUGUGUUUUAAGUUUGGUUUGGGCAGAGAUGCUUGGGAAACUGCACUUGCACAGAGUUGCCAUGGGGCUGCCUUUGCCCAGAGGCACCACAACCAACAGUUCUAUUAGGGCUGUUACCAACCUUGGUGGACAUAGUCAGAUUAUAACUGUUGUCAGCAAGACCUGGCUGUGGAGAGUGGACAACAGCAGCCCUGCCUGGAGCCCAGUUGGCAUGACAGCAGCUCCAGAAGGGAAGGGAGUGGAGCAGGCAGUGGGGAGUGAGCGUGAGGGUCGGAUGGGGACAACUGGAUGAGUUACGUAGGAGUGAAAAGAGAUGUUUACCAAAUGCCUACCCUGCCAUCCUCCCAGGUAGUGAGAGCGAGCUACAUCCUGCCCCUCCUUCGUUUCCAUGGAAACGUGGCAGCAAGGGCAAGGGUUACAACAGCAGCCAAAUCCAAUUCCACCCCACCCCCUUCAGAACCAUAGUUUGGAACUAUAGUCCCUACGCUUUGCUGUGGAAGAGGGACUGAGCCAUAUAUGCCCUUGAAUUCCUCCCUGUCUGAAGCUACCUCUCCAGCAAGUGGAGUUUUCUUUAACUUGGCAACCCGCAGGAGAAUGGUAACAUCCACCAACACCCCUCUCCCCCCCCACCCCCGGACCCCGCACCGGAGCUCAGUAUUGCUACAACUAAGAAGCAGGAAUCUUGCUGGGGCUGGGGGAGCCAGAAGUGACAAUAAAAGUUUGUUGAC